AUGUAUCUUAUGGCUGUGCCCGUCACCUGUAUGAAGUUUAUUUCCUCGUUGGAGGUUCACUCAUUGGGUAAAGGAGGCGCCAAGCGUCACAGGAAGGUGUUGAGAGAUAACAUCCAGGGUAUCACCAAGCCCGCUAUUCGUCGUCUUGCUCGUCGAGGUGGUGUCAAACGUAUCUCUGGACUGAUCUACGAAGAGACCCGUGGUGUAUUGAAGGUAUUCCUGGAGAAUGUCAUCCGUGAUGCCGUUACCUACACCGAGCAUGCCAAGAGGAAGACUGUCACCGCCAUGGAUGUCGUCUAUGCUCUGAAGAGGCAAGGCAGAACUCUGUACGGAUUCGGAGGUUAA